AUGGCCGACGUCGCAAAAACCAAGCGGAAACCCACAACUAAGUCGUCAGCCGCAAAUAUCAAACUCCCAAGCGCCAUUCUCAGAUCACUCUCGACGGACUGUACUGCCGUGCAACUUCUCGAGAAGCUCGAUGCGCAUCUUGGUCCCGUCCUAGAUUCGUUUCAUACGCCUUCUUCCCGCGACAAACUCGUUGCUGCCCUCACUGCGAUCGACUUUGUACCUACUGGCGACUCUACUGCCAUCCAAGCGAAGAAGGACCUAAUCGACUACAACGGGCACAAAGCGUCACUCGAUGACCAGUUGAAGGCGCUCCAACGUCAUAUCAAAUCUGACCCACAUGACGGUUAUGAAGAGCAAGCAGAGAUGAUGAGGGAUAUCUUGCAGGAGUUAGCGGGUUGGCUUCCUCACCUCUGGACCUUGGGUGCACAAGAAGGGUUCGAGGUUGAUGAGGUUCGGAAAUGUCUUGUUCUCUGUUGCCGCACCGUCGAUCGCGCGGGUAGUACUAGUAGUCGCGCGGAGUUCACGGACAUCAACGAGGCAUGCACCUGUUUCAAGGACACCAACAACAAUGUGAUAUACGACGCGGAUAGCGACUCUAUCGACCAUGUCUUGAACUGGAUGUGGAAGGAGAUCUUAGUUGGUGCGGCGGCGCGUGGAGAUAAUAAGGUAGUGAAGGUGAUUAUGGAUACCAUCAAGAAGUUGUCGCUUCAAGGAGAGGUUUUCAACCUCUUCCCCCAAGGAAACGAGAAAAUGACUUCCGAUGGCUGGGACCUCCACAACGAUCAUUGGUCUUCGGCCAUGAAGGCAGCUGGGAUACGGCUGAUCGCAGAGCAUAAGGGUAAGAAAUAAACCUAUUCGUUCCAUGACUGUUCUCUUGUUCUUCCUCCACGUGUCUUGCUGUCCUCAACACAACCGCAACACUGCUCCGUUAUAUUUGCUAUCGGUAUGUACUUACCUUGCUGCCCGUGUUGUGCUUGUAAUAUUUCCACGACUUUCUGCCACCUGCUACCAUAUUCCCUUGCUGCCAAAUCCAUAAUACAUUACCUGAACUAG